AUGGCCACAUUGCUUCCCCCACCGACGAAGCGUCAGAAGCGCGAGCAGGAUGAGAAGGCGCGCCUGCAGCAGGAGAUCGACCAGAUCCCGUCCGACCUGGGAAGCGUGCGAGUGCAAUUCUUCGACCAAGCGACGGGGUCAGCGACGGGGCCCGCUGUGUCCGUCCCGGUGGCCGAUGCGACAGUGAAGAACCUCGAGACGCUAUUGAACACAUUACAGGGCAAUCUACAUAAAUACAUGCAGGAGCUAAUGCUUUUGCGACAGGAGGAUGACGAACGAGUCCCCUACCGGUUUACCUACCAGUCCGACGAUAAGGACAACCAGACGCUUGAUAUCCUCGCCAAUCUGUACCACUCGCUGCUGCAGCCCGGCAUCAAGACGACCGAAGAUACCAUCCCGCUGUACUUUACCCCGCAGGCGGUGUUCCGGGUGAAGGCGGUGUCGCGGUGUUCGGCGUCGAUCGCGGGACACGGGGAGGCGAUCCUAGCGACAUCAUUCUCACCGGCGUCGUCGUCGACGAUGGUAACGGGGAGUGGCGACUCGACGGCGCGGGUGUGGGACUGCGACACGGGUACGCCGCUGCACACGCUGAAGGGCCACACGAGCUGGGUGCUGGCGGUGGCGUACUCGCCGAACGGGGCGAUAAUCGCGACGGGCAGCAUGGACAACAGCGUGCGGCUGUGGGAUGCAAAGAAGGGUGCGGCGCUGGGCGGGCCGCUGAAGGGCCACGCGAAGUGGAUCACCAGUCUGGCAUGGGAGCCGUACCACACGCAGCAGGCGGGACGGCCGCGGCUGGCCUCGGCGUCCAAGGAUGCCACAGUGCGCAUCUGGGACGUGGUGUCGAAGCGCAUCGACACGGUUUUGACGGGACAUAAGGGGUCGGUGACGUGCGUGCGCUGGGGCGGCACGGGCAAGAUCUACACGGCGUCGCACGACCGCACCAUUAAGGUGUGGAACGCGACCAACGGCACGCUUGUGCAGACGCUCAACGCGCACGCCCACCGUGUCAACCACCUCGCGCUCUCGACCGACUUUGUCCUCCGCACGGGCUACCACGACCACACCGGCAAGGUCCCCGAGGCUGAUGCCGACAAGGUCGCCCAGGCGAAGCGGCGCUUCGAGCAGGCGGCCACCAUCAACAACAAGAUCGUCGAGAAGCUGGUCUCCGCCAGCGACGACUUCACGAUGUACCUGUGGGAGCCGGAGAGCUCGAACAAGCCCGUCGCGCGUCUGCUGGGCCACCAGAAGGAGGUGAACCACGUGACCUUCUCGCCGGAUAUGGCGUAUAUUGCGUCCGCAGGUUUCGACAACCAUGUCAAGCUGUGGAACGCGCGGGAUGGAAAAUUCAUCACCACUUUCCGCGGUCAUGUCGGGGCCGUUUACCAGUGCUGUUUCUCGGCUGACUCGCGUCUGCUGGUGUCGUCGUCUAAAGACACCACGUUGAAAGUGUGGAACGUCCGGACGGGGAAGCUCGCCAUGGAUCUCCCGGGGCACAAGGAUGAGGUAUAUGCGGUGGACUGGAGCCCGGACGGGCAGAAGGUGGGCAGUGGCGGAAAGGAUAAGGCGGUGCGGAUCUGGAGAAAUUAA